AAAUGCGGAAGAAUUGAAUCAUUUCAUUUUCGAUAAAGGAAAUCGCCAUAGCCACAGGAGAAAUAAAGGGGAAGCAGUAGUGUAAGAUUUAGAGAAGCAGGUUUAAUUCGAAGUUAGAGCAAUGACAUACUUGCUCCGCCCUACUCUGGCAACAUGUCCUUCUCGGCUUCAUAUCCCUUUACCGCUCACCACAACCUCAAUCAACCCAAUUCGGACCCGCAAUCUUGUUAGCUUUGCUCGGUGGGGUAACCACGUGGACCAGUCGAUUGUUGGGGUUACGACGACGAAAAUAAAGUGCAUGGCCAAUCCAAGAAGAGUGAAAAUGGUGGCCAAACAGAUAAGGAGGGAACUUUCUGACAUGCUUCUCACUGAUAAGGUGUUGCAGUAUGCUGUUCUGCCUGAAGCUUCAUUGGGAGCUGAUCGAUACCUCUCCUCCCUCACCACCAUCAGUGAGGUUGAAGUCUCCGCUGAUUUGCAGGUGGUUAAGGUGUAUGUUUCUGUCUUUGGAGAUGAAAGAGGAAAGGAAGUUGCCAUUGCUGGAUUGAAGUCAAAGGCUAAAUAUGUUAGAAGUGAGCUGGGGAGGCGUAUGAAGUUGCGGCUGACUCCUGAGAUACGGUUCAUUGAGGAUGAAGCAAUGGAGAGAGGAAGCAGGGUGCUUGCAAUUUUGGACAAAAUUAAGGAGGAGAAAAAGGGUGAAGAGAGAAAAUUGCAAUCAGAUUCUUCGGCGGUGCAGGAAGAAGACAGUGAGUGGGAUGAUGAAGACCCUGACCAAGGCAUAAUUUAUGUGGAAUAGAUGCCUCCUAGGUGAUGAAUGUGAUGCCUGUUUGUAUUUGGAUAGAGCUUUUGCUUGUUGGCCGGAGAAAUACUUCACCAGAAAGCAUGUGGUAUGGGACACUUUGGACACAACCUAACUGUCGGCAGAUUCAAUGGAAGUUGGACCAAAUUUUGGCUUUAUGCUCUCCUUGUAUAGAUAAUGUCCCCUGGUAUUGCCAACUCAAGAAUGUAAGAAUGUAAGCAUCUAAUGGUGUCCUACUAUUGUGCUUACCACGGCGCCUUGGAUGUUUCCAUCGAAAAGGAUUUUCCGCGAACUGUGGAAAUUUGUUAUCUUUAAAUCCCUCAAUUUAUUUUUUUUAAUGCACUUAAUUCGCAAGGGGAAUUUCCAAAGAUUACAUAUAAUGUCCUGAUACAUGGGGAGUACGGUGCACAUGAAUGGCAUACAUAUUGCCUUUUGCUGUUGA